GGCGGCGGUGUCGCUGUGAGCGGGCGGACGCGGGGCCACCAUGAUCAUCGAGAGCGUGGACGCGCUCAAGUCCUGGCUGGCCAAGCUGCUGGAGCCCAUAUGUGACGCAGACCCCUCAGCCUUGGCCAACUAUGUCGUGGCAUUAGUCAAGAAAGACAAGCCCGAGAAGGAGCUGAAAGCUUUCUGUGCUGACCAGCUGGAUGUCUUCCUGCAGAAAGAAACUUCAGGGUUUGUAGAUAAACUUUUUGAAAGUUUGUACACCAAGAGUUACCUUCCUUCUGCUGAGCCCACGAAGGCAGAGGCGAAGCCUGCAGGGCAGGAGAAAGAAGAAGUCAAGGAGGAGUUGUGUGUUAAACAGAAUUUUCAAGAGUCAGUUGAAGAAGAGCGGGAGAGCAGGAAGAAGAAGUAUUCCAGUCCCCAGAGGAGCCGUGGAGAUUCCAGUGAGCAAAGGACCAGAGAGAAAAAGCGGGAUGAUGGGAAAUGGAGGGACUACGACAGGUACUAUGACAGGAGUGACCCGUACAGGGAGAAGUCUGGCUGGCGCCGGGGCAGGAGUAAAAGCCGGAGCAAAAGCCGAGGGUUAAGUCGGAGUCGCAGCCGCAGCAGGGGCCGGAGCAAAGACCGGGAUGGCAGCAGGAGUGGGCUAGUUCAGGUCUGUUGGAAAAGUAAGUGCCACAGAUUACAGCAGAUUUCAACGCACCUUGAGACCACGUUAGUUAAGGGCAGAGAGCACCGAGAGAGAGAGAGAUCAAAAUACAAGAGUGAAAAAAAUGAUGUUGAAGGCUCAUAUAAUCCGGUGUCCGCAUCUUCCAGUAAAUCCUCUGAACAGUAUUCCUCUGCACAAGCUAUUCCCAGUGCUGUUACUGUAGUUGCGCCUGCACACCACCUUGAAAACACGACAGAGAGCUGGUCAAAUUACUUCAACAAUCACAGCAAUCCCAGUUCAUUUGGCAGAAACCCUCCUCCUAAAAGAAGAUGUCAAGAUUAUGAUGAGCGAGGAUAUUGUGUCCUUGGCGAUCUCUGCCAGUUUGACCACGGAAAUGAUCCUUUAGUCGUAGACGAAGUUUCCUUGCCAAGCAUGAUCCCGUUUCCGCCGCCGCCGCCGGGGCUCCCGCCGCCCCCGGGGAUGCUCCUGCCGCCGCUGCCGGGGCCCGUGCGCGGCCUGAGGCUGCCGGUGCCCCCGGCCCACCCGCAGCCCCCGCCGCCCGUCGUGCUGCCCGUCCCACGACCACCUUUAACACAGUCCAGCUUGAUAAAUAACCGUGACCAGCCGGGGACAAGUGCGGUGCCCAGCCUGGCACCUGUGGGAGCAAGGCUGCCUCCUCCUCUGCCCCAGAACCUGCUCUAUACAGUGUCAGAACAUACAUAUGAGCCAGAUGGCUAUAACCCCGAAGCUCCUAGUAUUACCAGUGCUGGUAGAUCUCAGUAUCGGCAGUUCUUUACGAGAGCACAAAUGCAGCGUCCAAAUCUAAUUGGCCUAACAUCUGGGGAGAUGGAUACAAAUCCUCGAGCUGCCAAUAUUAUCAUCCAGACUGAACCUCCCAUUCCCAUUACAAAUAACAGCAGCAAUGUCACUAGAGUUGUCCUGGAACCAGACAGCAGGAAAAGAUCUCCAAGUAACAUGGAAUGUCCACCACUGAAGAAACCCUGGCUGGGAAAGCAAGCAAAUAACAACCAGAACAAGCCAGGGUUUUUGAAAAAGAAUCAGUACACAAAUACAAAAUUAGAAGUUCGAAAAAUUCCACCAGAAUUGAACAAUAUUACGCAGCUCAACGAACACUUCAGCAAAUUUGGAACUAUUGUAAACAUUCAGGUUGCUUUCCAGAACGACCCUGAAGCUGCUCUCAUUCAGUACUUGAGUAACGACGAGGCGAGGAAGGCGAUUUCCAGCACGGAGGCGGUGCUGAGCAAUCGUUUUAUCCGGGUGCUGUGGCACAGGGAGAGUGAGCAGCAGCCCACAUUGCAGCAGCAGCAGCAGCCAACCCCCCCCCAGGCCCUCCAUCACCAGCUGCACCUCCAGCAGCAGGCCCUGGCCACGCCGCCUGCCGUGACCGUGCACAGCAGCCUGUCCAAGGUGAUGAACAAACCCCUGGCAUCUGGUGCCUAUGUCCUUAACAAAGUCCCGGUGAAACGGCGCCUUGGAGCAGCGGGUGGAAGCCAACCUGAGCUAAGCCAGCCUGGGGCUGGGGUAGAAGAGUCUCAGAUAUUUCCUACUUCUACAAGCCACUCAAAAAUGGUUUACAGUUCUCCAAAUUUAAAGACAUCCCUGAAGUCUGGUGCAGGGUCUAAACCUCACGAUGUGCAAGAAGCCCUUAAAAAAAAACAGGAGGCAAUGAAACUCCAACAAGACAUGAGGAAAAAGAAGCAGGAGAUGUUAGAAAAACAGAUAGAAUGCCAGAAGAUGUUGAUAUCCAAGCUGGAGAAAAACAAGGCCAUGAAACCAGAAGAGAGAGCAGAAAUUAUGAAGACCUUAAAAGAACUAACAGGAAAAAUAUCUCAGUUAAAGGAUGAAUUAAAAACUUCAUCUACAACCUCCACACCAUCCAAAUUGAAGUCCAAGACAGAGGCACAGAAGGAACUGUUGGAUGCAGAGCUGGAUUUCCACAAGAGGCUGUCCUCUGGAGAGGACACGACUGAGCUGCGGAAGAAGCUCAACCAGUUACAGGUGGAGGCUGCCCGAUUAGGAAUCUUGCCUGUUGGUCGAGGAAAGACAGUGCCAGCCCAAGGAAGGGGCCGGGGCCGGGGCCGUGGGGGCAGAGGACGGGGCAUGUUGAACCACAUGGUGGUGGAUCACCGGCCCAAAGCACUCACCGUUGGAGGCUUUGUUGAAGAGGAAAAAGAUGAAUUGUUACAGCACUUCUCUAAAUUUGGAGAUAUUGAAGACCUUCAAGAAGAGGAUUCCCCAUUAAGUGUUGUUCUAACUUUUAAGUCUCGCUCAGAAGCUGAGAAUGCUGCUAACCAGGGAUCCCGGUUCAAGGACCGACGGCUCCAGAUCUCAUGGCACAAACCCAAGGUACCUUCUGUGUCCACAGAAAUCGAGGAAGAGGAGUCCAAGGAAGAGGAGACUGAAACCUCAGAUUUAUUUUUGCACGAAGAUGAUGACGAUGAUGACGAAGAUGAGGAUGAAUCUCGUUCUUGGAGAAGAUGAAACUUGAUGUUGGAAAUGUAUAAUUUUAGGAAUAUAGUUCAAGCUGCAUCUUUUAAACGUUUAUUUAAGGAAGUUGAUGAGCCAAAAAAAGCUUUACUUUCUUUUCAAACCACAAGAUUUACCAUGAGCAGAGUUUGGUAUGAGAACAUUUGGGACAUAGAGCUGUGAGACUGAGCUAGCCAAAGGCCCAGGAACUUCUUACAGGAUUAUCAAGCUCACCAAGAUGGUGAUUUUUUUUCUAUUUAAGAAGGAUAAAAAGAGAGGGGGGGGAAAAUUAGUAUUUUCUUGUCCUCUUUUUGUGUCACCUGUAUUACCUUGUUUUGGGUUUUUUAUAAUGUGAUUGGUUUGUUAGUUUAUAAUUGAAAAGAUAUUACAGGUUUUAUUCAGCAAUAUUAUGGGGUUAGGGUAAAGACAAACUUUCAUUAAAUAUUAUGAAAGAAAAACUGGCCUCAUUUGCUCGUUGAAAAAGGGUAGCAUUUUGUUUCCUAUGGAGUCUCUCAUAGUAGGCAUUAUUUGUAGCUAGGUUCAUAAAUCAUUUAUUUCAGUAUGUUUGACAACCACACAGUCUCUGUGUUGUUCUGCUUUUUGUGAGAGGAGGUGGAAGAAACAAUUUAACAGGGUAUUGCUAUAACAUGGUCCAGUUCACUCUGUUUCUCCAAAUUCUGCUUCACAGAAAACAUCAGCAGGGACACACUGGAGUGGAUUUUCACUCCCUCUUGAUUUCCUUCCGUAGUUCCAGUGUAAGGCUCAGUGUAAGUCAGACUGUUUGUUUACUGCACUUGAGUAUUUGUGAGCAGGAAUGGAAGGAGUUCCAGACUCCCUCAAAAGCAGCUAAUCUGGCCCCAACCAGGAGCAGCUCUCUUCCUCUCCCUGUUUCCAGCUGUCUGUUCGAGGCAGAGCCCUGCAGUGUUCAGAGCAGGAUGGGUUUCAGCCCACAGGACCAGGCUGUCUUGCCCAGCCCCAAACCAGGGACGAGUGUCCCAAGGGUGUUCAGAGCUGGGUCUCCAAGGGGAUUCCCUCAUGGCCAAGGGCAGUUCUUUCAGACAUGUUGAGCUGAACUCCAUUACAUUCUCAAUUGCCUUAUUGCUGUACCAUUUAACCCCCCCAGGAAUGGGGUGUGUGCUGGUGGUGAUGCAGGUAGCCAGGUCAGGGUCCUGAGCCGGGUGCUGUGCCUGGUACAGGCUCCAGGGCUCACGGCUGAGUCACCCAGCAGCACUUUCCCUGCCUGUCCACUGGUCCUGGCCACUCCUCAGUGCAGUUUAUGUACAUUUCUACACAAAAUAAACACAAUGUCAGUGCACAGCGCUCUUCUCUCUUGAGUGAUCACCACUGUAUUCCCCAGGGGCUCCUGAUGGAAGGACAAUAUCCACCACACCCUUCACCUGCCUGUGGCUCUAUCGUGGCCAGGGGCAGGUGCUGAGCACCCUCUGGGGUCGCAGCCCUGCUGACUCUCUAUCCUUGAGCCAUGGUGGGGUAUCAAUCUGUAUAAUGUCCUGUUUCCUGUCAGUUGAAGGGAAUGUUUCCAGUAUUCUGUCUCUUUCCAAAACUCACCUUUUCCUAGAAUUGGGACUGAGUCUAAAUUUCAGGCAUGAAGAAACAAGGGGAAGCCCACUCCCCCCACGUACUUAGAGGAAUGUCUUGCUCUUCUCCCAUCAUCCCUAAGGAUUUUAAUGUCUGUGGCACAGUGUGUAUCUUGAAAAAUCCAUUGCAGCAAACAUGUCCGAGUCCUGACAACUUAAAAAAUGAGAGAGGGAUCAAAAGGAUUUAUAUAUUUUUUUGUACAGAGCUUUUUCUUAAACUGUAUAAUUUUGUAAAUAUUCUGCUUUUUUUUGUGUACUAAAACUACCGGCGUAUAGAUUUCAAUAAGAAUUGUUGUAUUUUUGUAUUUGGAAAAUGAAAAUUACAGUGGAUUAAUUAAGCUGUAAGCAAAUUGCAGUAGCCUUCGACACACACGGAAUAGAUUCCUUUUCAUAUGGUUUUAGCUCUAAAGUGACACUGGGGUGACGUCUGUUUUUCCAGGGGAAAGUGCUGGGGGAGAGGAGGGGAGUGAGGGUCAGAGCUUUAUUUAAUGGCUUUGAAUGCUUCAUACAGUUAAUUUUGCCUUCACAGUACCCUUGGCAGGCUGGCCCAAGUCCCUGGUGCCAUCCCAAAGGUGUCUGGUGCCUGUGGGGCAGGCAGUGCCCCCGAGCCUGGCUGUGCCCAGGGGGCAGCAGGGCUGUGACUGGCUCGGGGGGCUGGAGCAGGGGGAGGGGAGCCGUGUGACACUGGCCUGCCUUUUGCCAAAGUGUGUGGACCCCCCUAUAUUUCAGGGCAUGCUGAACUCUCUUGGAAUGGUUUGGUUUGGAUUCCAUAGGCAGCAGGGCAGUACAGCUGAGUUUAUUUCAUGGCGAUGCUUUAUUGGGAAAUUCACGUGUACCUUGGGCAAAACACAACCCGCAGGGUACCUGUGUGCCCCAGGCAGGUGUGAUUCCCUGUGCCAGCCUGAGCUGGGGGACAGACACUGAGGAUGGGGAAAGCAAGUCACUGUGGGAGGAAUUCCAUCCCUUUCCUUGCUGACUUAACCUGAGCAAAAUAAAACCAUCUCCAGAGCUGAAAAGGUAAAUCUGCAACCUGGCACCUGCUUGUGAAAGCACCACUUUAACAAAAUCAUGUGAAAAGGAACAAAGCUCCUCUUGGUGUAUAGUAACCUUGUACUAUAGUUUUUACAGAUUGUGACCUUGUGUAAUAGGGUAAUAGGAGAUAUUGAUGAAUUUCUAACUGUUUAUACAUUGAAAUUCAUAUAUGUAAUGUUUGUUUUAUUGAUUACAAGCUGAAUUUCUAAGAUGCAUGUUGACUUUUUUGCAAUAAAGAUAUACUGUGGAAUGGUUCAAGAUUUAGAAAAGACAAACUUCUAACUGAAAUAAAUUGGAAGCAGAACCAUUCAAAAAAAUUA